AUCAUCAUUCAUUCAUUUUGAGGUUCAAUUAAAAAAGGUUGACUUCGUUGGAUUUUUGUAUUUUUGGGUUCACGUGAGAGUGAGAGAGAGAGAGAGAGAAUGGAAGGAGGAGGAGGAGUUCUGAACUACCCGGGAACAGUGGAGAAGGUCUUUUGGGAUUUCAGGGGCCGCCGAACUGGCAUACUCAAAGCCCUCACUACUGAUGCUGAAGAAUUCUAUCGGCAGUGUGAUCCAGAGAAGGAGAAUCUAUGCUUGUAUGGCUUUCCUGGUGAGCAAUGGGAAGUCAAUUUACCUGCUGAGGAAGUGCCUCCUGAGCUCCCAGAGCCUGCACUGGGAAUAAACUUUGCGAGAAAUGGCAUGCAAGAAAAGGACUGGUUAUCUUUAGUUGCUGUCCAUAGCGAUGCAUGGCUGCUUGGUGUUGCCUUCUAUUUUGGUGCUAGAUUUGGAUUUGAUAAGGCUGACAGGAAGCGGCUCUUUGACAUGAUAAAUGAACUUCCAACAGUCUUUGAAGUGGUGACCGAUACUGCACAAAAACAAGUAAAGGAAGAGCCGUCUGUCUCAAAUCGUGGUAGCGACAAAUCCAAGUCGAACUCCAAACUACGGCGGACAUCAGAAUCUCAGGAAAAAUAUCUGAAGGGCACGCAGGCAAAGGACGAACAUCAAGUCAUUGAUGAGGAUGAAGAGCAUGGAUUGACCUUGUGUGGAUCAUGUGCGGAGAGUUAUGCAUCAGAUGAAUUUUGGAUUUGUUGUGACAUCUGCGAGAAGUGGUUCCAUGGCAAGUGUGUAAAGGUUACCCCAGCGAGGGCUGAGCAUAUUAAGCGGUACAAGUGUCCAUCAUGCAGCAACAAGAACGCUGCAUGAUGGACACUGCUAAGUGCUAAUUGCCUGCUCGGGGUCAAUGAUCUAUCUCUCUGUUCAGUUUUAGUUUUAAAAAUUAGUACAACUUGUGAAUGCGUCUUAAUUUUCGAUAUCUUAUUAUUCAGUUGUAGUUUGAACGUUCCCCCGUGUUUAUCUUGACACGCCUUGUUAUCUUUCUAAUUUAAGAAAUCUAUCUAUUUGUAGUGC